AAGCCGUACUAGAACGUUUCGAUGCAAACAUAGCUUAUGGUUCCGAGACGUUCUUGCGGUUCGGGUCGCGAAUGCUGGCUGAUUGAUUAAUUCAAUAUUUUUUGUAUCUGAUCGAACCGGUUCGAUCUAAAUAUUCAAAAAUGACUUUCUCCAAGAACAACAAGAUGAUGAACCAUGUGGGCUACCGCAUGAAGAUCACAAUGCAGGAUAGCCGCACUUUUGUGGGAGUCUUCAAGGCUUUUGACAAGCACAUGAAUGUAAUCCUGUGCGAUGCGGAGGAGUUCCGCCGCGUGCGCACCAAGAAAGGCGACGGCGCUCGUGAGGAGAAGGAAGAAAAGAGAUCAAUGGGAUUGGUGCUUCUGCGUGGGGAGACCAUCGUUACCAUGACAGUUGAGGGACCUCCCCCUCACGAGGACAACCCUAGGGUGAACCUCCCCAUUGGAGGACCUGGCAGCAGCAGACAAGGUGGCCGCGGUGCUGGCGCCCCCGCUGGCUAUGGCGGGCCGAUGCGUGGCAUGGGUGGGCCUAGCGGAAGCAUGAUGAACCCAGCAGCGCGGUCCGGACCUCAGAGCUACGGUCCUCCAGGCGCUUAUGGCCCCCCAAUGGGUCGUGGUGGCCCCAUGGGCCCUCCUCAGGGCUAUGGCAUGAGAGGUCCUGGAGGCCCUCCUCGAUAUUAGGUUGUCAUCAGUCACCGCAGCCUGCCUCUACAAGCGUCCUCUGCUGAUCAAUACUGAACAAAAUCGUGUAAUUUUAGUUACAUAUUAUUGUUUCAGUAAAAUUUAUUAUUUUCGAGGCAUGGCUCAUAAGACAGGUUGAGCGGUGUAAUGCCUAUCGGGAAACCGUGCCACAGGCUUCGAGUAUCAUGUGAUGUUUUUAUAAUAAAAGUUUUUGUUGA